UGAACGCAAAAACAUUGUAGUAUUUUCGUUUAAAAAAUAUUUCCUUUAAAAUUGCAAAGACCUGUUUUAUUUGCAGUUCUGAAAAAAAAAGCUUUUUUACAGAAAACAGGCCACGAUUUCAUAGCUUUUACACAACGGGCAAAAGAUGAGAAAUACAGCGUUUAAACGACUAAAAAACUAGUAAAUCAUUUUGUUUUAAUUUAAAACAGGUCUCAGGACGGAUCCAACGAGCUUUGCAUCACUUUGCAAUCAAACUUGCUUUAAAAUAUAAACCGAUAUAGUUAUAUAUAGCAUUUCUCAAUUAUGCAAAAAUACAGCAGCAUAAAAACAAGUUUAAUAUUUCUCAUUCGAGUCAUCAAACAAGCGUUCAAAACGCUCCAUAACUUUUAUUUUGAUAGCUUAUCUUUUUUUUUUUUUUUUUUUUUCCCAAACUCCACUUUCAAACCAAAAGCAACACACCGGAGAAAACGCUACGUUUUUCACUUCCAAAAAAAAAAAAAAAACGCGACAUCGCAACAAUCGCCCGAGCGUCGAAAGCGUUCCUCGCGCCGCUCGCGCCUCCCAGGACCGAGGACGCCGCGCGGGGUUUAAAGGCUCCCGGGCUCCGCGCCUCCGCCGGGGACGGUGACCCACAUAGUUGUUUACGGUUGUGGGCAUUUUUCCGCUGUAGCAGCGCGCGUCGGAUUGGCGGAGGAGCGGCGGAGAUCGGAAGUAGUUUGUGCAUGCUAAUGAAGGAGUUGGGGUUGUGGAUAUUUACGUUCAACGGGAGCCGCCCUUCAUUCACCACAUGGUUAAAAGCUGAGCGCGUUCGCGCCACUUUCGCAAUUUUACUACGCUUUUGUAACGCGAGCCACGGCGUGCUCGGAUGCGGCAGGCGCGCGCGCGCCGACGCCGCGUUUCCACCCUCGGCGCGAGAAGUUUAGCGUUUAGUUUCGACGAUCCGCCCGGAGCCUUGACAGUGAACGGAGACGAUCUGAGGGUCUGCGCUCCUCAAAGAAGCUGCUGUGGUCCAGAGAUGGAGGAGGACUUCAUCCAGAGAAGCUCGCGGGACUUUGAGAAGCUCAUGGACGACACGAGCGAAGAGCUGAGGGACACGUUUAUGACCGGACAUAAAAGGUUUGAUGAGUUCUUCCUGGAGCUGCUGGAGAGCACCGAGCGCUCCCUGAACGAGAUGUUUCUGCGCACCUACGGGAAGCCGUACCUGCAGAACGCCGAGGUCUUCCAGGGGCUGUUCUCCGAGCUCAAGAGGUACUACACGGGCGGCAACGUCAAUCUGGAGGAGAUGCUGAACGACUUCUGGACGCGUCUGCUGGAGCGCAUGUUCCAGCUCCUCAAUUCCCAGUAUCUCAUCACCGAGGACUAUCUGGAAUGCAUCGGCAAGUACACGGAGCAGCUGAAGCCCUUCGGAGACGUUCCCAAGAAGCUGAAGGCUCAGGUUACCCGAGCGUUCAUCGCCGCCCGCACCUUCGUCCAGGGCCUCGUGGUUGGACGGGAAGUGGCUAACAGGGUUUCUAAGGUCACCGUGAGCUCGGCCUGCGUCAGCGGCUUCACUAAAAUGCUGUACUGCUCGUUCUGUCAGGGUUUGUUCUCGCUGAAGCCCUGCAACAACUACUGUCUGAAUGUGAUGAAGGGCUGUUUGGCCAAUCAGGCCGAUCUGGAGCCCGAAUGGAGCAAAUACAUCGAUGCCAUGCUGCUCGUGACGGAGCGCCUGGAAGGGCCCUUCAACAUCGAGACGGUCAUGGAGCCCAUCGACGUGAAGAUAUCGGAAGCCAUCAUGAACAUGCAGGAGAACAGCAUGCAGCUCUCCUAUCAAGUCUUUCAAGGUUGCGGGCAGCCCAAGCCUUCGGGAAUGAGCAGGUCGUCCCGCGGCGUCUCCGACACGUUCAGCGGCCGCUUCAGUCCCUACAGCCCCGAGGAGCUUCCGACCGCCGCGGACACCACUCGCCUCGACCGCCUGGUGACUGAGGUCAAGGAGAAGCUGAAGAAGUUCAGGAAGUUCUGGUCUUCUCUUCCUGAGGCUUUCUGUCAGGAGGAGCACGUGGCGGCGGCUGCAAGCGCUGAGGACGACUGCUGGACCGGACACGAGCAGGGCAGAUACGUCCCUGAGGUUCUGAAAGACGGCCUGACCAAUCAGGUGAAUAACCCCGAGGUCGGCGUGGACGUCUCCAGACCGGACGCUCUGAUUCGACAGCAGAUUAUGGCUCUCAGAGUCAUGACCAACAAACUGAAGAACGCGUACGAUGGCCAUGACGUCUACUUUCAGGACUCAAACGAUGAGAGCAGCGGCUCCGGCAGCGGCAGCGGGUGCACCGAGGCGUGCGUCACCGAAUCGGACUCCUUCAUCACCGACGCUCCGGCUCGGGAAGCAGAGAAAACGGACCGAGCCUCGUCUGCGUCCGUCUUCCGGCCCACGCUGCUGCCGCCGCUGCUGGUCUCCGGCGCGCUGGCCUUGAGAGAGCACUGGAGAUAGUGAGCGCUGAGCUCCGCGCAGACUGCUCGCGUUUUAUACCAGAGAUCACCGAGCGGCACGGAGUUCUUCAAAAGGGCCGUGAGCGUUACACGUCUGAUAUAUGAAAGAUGUCGAGGUUUUUUUUUUUUACGUUUCCAGUAUAUAAAGGAGUAGUUCGCCUUAAAAACGAAUCCAUCCAAAGAAGCAGGUUUUUCCGUGAGAACGGAUUUGGAGAUAUUGAGUCACUUGGAUGCUCUGCGGUGAAUGGGUGCCGUCAGAGUCUGAUGAAAACAUUGCAAUGAUCCACAGCGAGAUGGCGCCGAUCAAUCAUUUAGACAUUUAUUUUAACUUUAAACCGUUUCCUGCAAAUAAAAAGUGAGUCAGCAAUC